AUGCCUCCCACAACCAACGGUGCACCACCAGCCGUCAGAAGUGUCGGCUAUGUUGGCCUGGGGAAUGCCGGAUUCUCCAUGGCCUCGAAUCUCCCCAAAGCGGGAUAUCACCUCGUUGUACAUGAUGCAGAUGAAGCCAAAGUCGAACGCGCAGCUUCCGAAUGGAAGAAUACCACCCCAUCGUAUGGAAAGCCGGAAGCCUUUGCGGAUUGCGAGGUCAUUGUUACGAUGUUACCGCAAGGAAAGAUUGUCAAAGAAGUAUUGCUUGGAAAGGAUGGCAUUGGAAGGGCUUUGCGGCCAGGUAACGUUUCUCACCGACUCCCUUCAUUCGAACCGAGCACUUCUGCUCACCGCAUUCGAUUCCCCAGGAACAAUCAUCAUCGACACUUCCUCCUCCUCCCCAUUCGAUACCAUCGCCCUCGGCAAAGAACUCGCGGCCCACCAACUCGAGCUCGUCGAUUCUCCCAUCACCCAAACCUACAUGCACGCCACCGAUUUCGGGCAAUCCACACUCAUGGUCGGCUGCGACUCCCCUUCCACCUUCUCCAAAGUCGAACCCAUCAUCCAAACCAUGGCAGGCUACGUCUUCCACAUGGGCAAGCUGGGCAACGGCCACGCGAUGAAGACCCUCAACAACUACAUCAUGGCCUCCGCCAUGUGCGCGCUGGGCGACAGCCUGGUGACGGGCCAGAAAUUCGGCCUCGAGCCGCAGAAGAUGCUGGAUGUUCUCAACGUCGGCACCGGCGUGUGUUUCCCCACGCUGGAUACCUUCCGCCGCGACGGCAUCACGGGACGGUAUAAUUCCGGGUUUGGCUUGGCUCUGCUGGUCAAGGAUCUGGGUAUCACCGAAGAGUUCAUGGCUCAUAAUGAUUUCCAGACGGAGCUGCCGGCGCUCACCAAGAAGUAUCUGGGUGAUGCGCUGGCCGCUACUGGGGAGCCGGGAUGCGAUCAUACCAAAGCUCUAGUCGGCUGGGAGAAGAGGAGUGGAGUGCAACUGAAGCGGACGGCAAAGGUGGAAGAUAUCCCCGCGGAAGAUUUCGAGCAUCGAUUGAAGGGGUUGAAUCGGAGUUCUGAUAUCUAG